AUGACAAUUCACUGUCCAAUGUGUCAAUCAGAAACAUCACGAAUUGAGGAACAUCUUGAUGAGUGUCAUUCAAAUUUGAAAUGUGAAUAUUGUGAUGAAGAAUUCAACUCAGUUGACAACAUCAAUGAACAUAAAGUCUCUGGAUGUCAAAAUUUGAUGGUUGAUUGUAUAUUCAAAGAUUAUGGUUGUAAUGAGCCAAUUACUCUUAACAAAAUGAAAGAGCAUUAUUUAACUGAACAACAUCAAUAUGUCACUGUCAUAGUUGUUCGUGAAAUUUUAUCACAGUUAAACGAUAUACAAGCACAUAAAGAUCUUUUUCGAGCAACAGUUGCAGGAGAUUCUAAUCCAAUCACAACUCACUUACAAGGGCUUUAUGAAAUGCUUAGUAUUUUUUCAGGUGGCAUUGAAACAUUGAACAAUGACUUACAACGUCUAAGUAAUGAAUCAUUUGGAAUUCAAAACGCGCUUCCAACAUUGACAAAAGAAUUAUCAAAACUUAAAUUAUCGGUUGAAACCUCAAAUGUUUUUCUGGACGAGAUUGAACAAAAUCAAAGCAUUCUCAAUCGAGUUUUUGCAUCACUACAGGAAAUAAUCAAUGAAUCGCAAAAUGUUUCAUAUGAUGGAGCAUUGGUAUGGAAAAUCACAAGUUUUCAAGAGAAAAUGAAAAAUGCACAGUCUGAAAGACAAACAUCAAUUUAUUCGCCUCCAUUUUUUUCAUCUCCAACAGGUUAUAAAAUGAGAGCUCGUUUGUAUUUAAAUGGUGAUGGAAAUGCUCGUGGUACACAUAUGUCUAUUUUUUUUGAGCUCAUGCAAAGUUUAAACGAUGCUAAUCUCAAAUUUCCAUUCAAUUAUAAAGUUACCUUUUGUUUGUACGAUCAAACGUCUGCAAAACGACAUAUUAUCCAUUCAUUUCUACCAUAUAUUAGAUCAAGUAGUUUUCAAGGAUCUGAAUUGGACAUGAACAUAAACAGAGGUAUACCAGAAUUUUUUUCAUUAAAAAUAAUUCAACAGGAUGGAAAUCAUUAUGUACAAGACGACACAAUGUUCAUCAAAAUUAUGGUUGAUUUUGUAAAUACACCCGAUGGAUUGAUGCCGUACGCUUUCAGUCUCAAUCCUGCUCUACCAACUCAUAUUCAACAAAUGAUGAUCAAGCAAGAAGAAGACCGAAGAGCUCAACAGCAGUCUAAUGAAUAA